AUGGCAUCAGACUUCUGGAGGAACCUGUUUCCAAGCAACCAGCUCAAAGUCCGUCGCUCAGACACAGUGUCUCUGCAGAGCUUACAGUCAGUCAGGGAUGGGCGCACCAAGCUGCAGCGAGGGGGAACUUCAGGAACUUCCUGGUGUGUGGAGUUCAACCAGGGAUCCGUCACCGGAGACAUGUGUGAGGACCUGUGCGUCCACGGCCUGGUGGAGUACAAGCGCUGCCUCUACUACGAGAACGGGAAGAAGGUGAUCGAGGCUCACUGGAGAGGAAACCCCGUCAUCCUGAAAUCCAAACUGGAGAACUUCUCCUCCUACGAGCCGCUGGGGAUCCUGGACUACCAGGAUGCAGGAGAGGAACUGUCGGCUUUCGAUGUGGUUUUUUACGCCACCAUGGAGGUACGAAACUCUCUGGGUCUGUCUGAGGAUGGCGAGGAUGAGGAGGGAGGAGGAGGAAACAGCAGCACUCUAUCCAGACUUUGGGGGAAGAAACUGAAAAUCAGAGAGAGGAGUUACUCCAGAGCAGAGCUGAGUUCUCUGUGGUCGCUGCUUCAGCAGGAGGAGUACACCUUCCUCAGCUGUUGUGUGGGACUGCAGGUGGUGGCGAUCGACGUGGACAUGGCGUUCUUCGAGCCGAAGAUGAGAGACAUCCUGGAGCAGAACUGCAGCAGCGACGACGACUGCAACUUCUUCGACUGUUCGUCCAGGUGUGACCCGCUCAAGCACAGGUGCAGUCCUCACCGCAGGAACACCAACCUGCAGGUGAGACGCUGACUCAUGCUGGCCAAUCAGAAUUCAC